AUGAAGCGAAAGCUGGAUGUCAACGAUGCACCGACGGUCGAGGUCCCCCGAGAACCUGAAGAUCAUGGGUUCUCGUUCGAUUCAUUUGGCCUCGACCCUCGCCUGAUGCAGGCCAUUGCAAAGUCAGACUUCUCGCACCCAACACCCGUGCAGGCAAAGGCCAUCCCUCUGGCGCUCGAGGGGAAAGAUGUGCUUGCGAAAUCCAAGACAGGUUCUGGAAAGACCGCCGCCUACGUCCUCCCUACCCUGCAGGCGAUCCUGCGCCGAAAGUCCUCGUCCGCAGACGUCAAGGUCACGUCGGUACUCGUCCUUGUGCCCACGAGAGAAUUGGCCGAUCAAGUAUACAAGGCUUUCAAUACCUUCGCGCUGUUCUGCUCGAAAGAUGUACAAACACUGAACCUGACACAAAGAGUCUCGGACACGGUCAUGAAUGCGGUGUUACAAGACUUCCCGGAUGUCAUUGUCACAACCCCGAGCAGAGCAACUCAAUAUCUUAGCUCGGGCCGGCUGUCUCUUGAAAACAUCCAGCAGCUCGUCAUUGAUGAAGCCGACAUUGUACUUUCCUAUGGCUAUGAAGAUGACAUCAACACCAUUGCUGCGGCUCUUCCCCGCGGUGUGCAGACAUUCUUAGUGAGUGCCACCCUGACGCUAGAGGUUGAAGAGUUGAAGACCAUCUUCUGCCGUGACGCGGCCGUGGUCAAGAUUGACGACAAAGAAGAGAAGGGUGAGGGGAUAACUCAAUUUGUGGUCAAGUGCGGCGAGGAUGAAAAGUUCUUGCUCAUAUAUGUUCUGUUUAAACUGCGCCUGGUCAAGGGAAAGUGCUUGGUGUUUGUGGCGGAAGUUGACAGAAGUUAUCGGCUAAAGCUCUAUCUGGAGCAGUUCGGGAUCAAGUCGUGCGUGUUGAACGCCGAAUUGCCGGUCAACUCUCGGUUGCACGUGGUCCAGGAGUUCAACAAGGGCCUUUACGACAUUCUUAUUGCCGCCGACGACCAGGAGGUUCUGGGGGGUGUCGUGAAGAGGCAAAAGACGGAGGGACGGGUCGCAGAAGAUCCAGCCCAUGAAAUGAGCGAGGAGGACGAGGAGGAAGUGCAGCAGCCGUCCAAGAAAGCUAAGCACUCGAAGAAACACGAAAAGGACUAUGGGGUGUCGAGGGGCAUUGACUUUCAGAACGUGGCCUGCGUGAUCAACUUCGACCUCCCGUCAACCUCCAAGUCCUACACACACCGCAUCGGCCGUACCGCCCGAGCAGGGAAAGCAGGAAUGGCGCUGUCUUUCGUGGUCCCCAAGGACAAGUUUGGCAAACACCGGGCCACCAGCAUCCCCUCGGCGAAGAACGACGAACGUGUUCUGGAGAAGAUUGUUGCUCGACAGACCAAAAAAGGCAACGAAGUGAAGCCAUACCACUUUGACAUGGCACAAGUGGAUGCCUUCCGCUACCGCAUGAACGAUGCACUCCGUGCCGUGACCGGGGCUGCGGUGCACGAGGCGCGUGCGCGAGAAAUCAAGCAAGAGCUGAUAAAGUCCGAGAAGCUGCGGAAACACUUUGAAGAGAAUCCGGACGACCUGCGACACUUGAGGCAUGACGGCGAACACGGGGCCAUCGUCAGGCACCAGGGGCACUUGAAGCAUGUCCCGGAGUACCUGAUGCCGGCGGCGGGGAAAAAGGCCCUGAGUGCCGACGAGGUCGGGUUUGUCGGGCUGAGGGGUGAGAAUAAGCGGAAAGACAGCAAGAAGCGAGGAGGGCGCAAGGCGCGAUUCGGCGGGAGAUCCAGGGGGAAAAUCGACCCAUUGAAAUCCUUCAGUGGUGCGAGGAAGAAGCGUUGA